GAGAAGACAGAGACCUGCCGCGAUGGGUACUGAGCCAUCUGACGAGGAGAGGGCGCGUCAGGGCUAGUCCAGAAUAUCCUAAAGAUCUAGGCUGCAGAAAUCUGCGGCUGAAGGCACGGGGGCAAAACAGGGGCACUAGUUCCGAAGGGGGCGUCCGAGAAGUGACCAGGGGGUUCAGGGACGAGGCCAGGGACCUUGAUGGGAGGUUCCUAGGACAGGUGCGAGGCUAAGUCAGGGCAGAGGUCCUUGCAGGGGGGAGUCUCCCGGGUGUGCAAAAGGUCGAGCUGGGAAGGCCUCCAGCAAAGAAAAAGAAACCGAAAGUGGCGCGGAAGAGCUGGGCCUGCAGGGGGGUGGAGUCCUGGGGCGGAGCGUCCUAUCGCGGGGCCCCGCCCCAAUCCGGUUUAAAAGACUGGUGCAGGGGCGGGCGCGGAGCAGAGCGAGCUGCGGCCGUGGCAGCAGCACGGCUCCCGGCCCCGGAGCAUGCGCGAGAGCCGCCCCGGAGCCCCCCGGAGCCCCCUGCCGCCCCUCCUGCGGCGCCCCGCGCCCAGCCGCCAGCGCACCCCCGGACGCUAUGGCCCACCCCUCCGGCUGGCCCCUCGUGUAGGAUGGUAGCACACAACCAGGUGGCAGCCGACAAUGCAAUCUCCACGGCAGCAGAGCCCCGACGGCGGCCCGAGCCUUCCUCCUCCUCCUCCGCGCCCGUGGCCCUGGUGCGCCCGCGGCCCUGCCCGGCGGUCCCGACUCCAGCCCCGGGCGACACACACUUCCGCACGUUCCGCUCGCAUGCUGAGUACCGGCGCAUCACCCACACCAGCGCGCUCCUGGACGCCUGCGGCUUCUACUGGGGGCCCCUGAGCGUGCACGGGGCGCACGAGCGGCUCCGCACGGAGCCGGUUGGCACCUUCUUGGUGCGUGACAGUCGCCAGCGGAACUGCUUCUUCGCCCUCAGCGUGAAGAUGUCCUCGGGCCCCACGAGCAUACGCGUGCACUUUCAGGCUGGCCGCUUCCACCUGGACGGAAGCCGCGAAAGCUUCGACUGCCUCUUCGAGCUGCUCGAGCACUACGUGGCGGCGCCGCGCCGCAUGCUGGGGGCUCCGCUGCGCCAGCGCCGUGUGCGGCCGCUGCAGGAGCUGUGUCGCCAGCGCAUCGUGGCCACCGUGGGCCGCGAGAACCUGGGGCGCAUCCCCCUCAACCCUGUCCUCCGAGACUACUUGAGCUCUUUCCCCUUCCAGAUCUGACCGGCUCUGCAGGAAGCAUUAACUCGGACGCCUUAUUAUUUUUUAUUAUUAAUUAUUAUUUCCCUGGAACUAUGUGGGUUCCCUUCCCCGCCUGGGUUGGAGGGAGCCAGUGUGGGGGGCGAGGUCCCUCCCCCUCUUGCCUGGAGAUGAGGCCACAGACCCCUCCCCAACUCUUGGGGGCGUGCCCCCCUCCUGGUGCUCCCUCUGGGUCCCCCUGGUUGUAAUAGCAGCUUAAUUUAACUGUAUCUGGGCCAGGACCUCAACUUUAUCUCCUACCUCUUCAUGUUUACAUAUACCCAGUAUCUUUGCACAAACCAGGGGUUGGGGGAGGGUCUCUGGCUUUAUUUUUCUGCUAUGCAGAAUCCUAUUUUAUAUUUUUUACAACCAGUUUAGGUAAUAAACUUUAUUAUGAAAGUUUUUUUUUAAAAGAAAAA